UUUGCUGGAAUAUUUUGGGAGCGUUUAGACAUGCAGGGACUGAAUGAUUUCUGUCAAACUCUCAGAGAGGUGUGAGGGACAGGAGAUGGACAGAUGGACUUAAUUUUAAUGCGGAUAACCUCUGUGAGCGGACAUGGUACAGCUCAACAGUUGGUCUGACGGAGUUACUGCGGCUGUUUAAAGUUGGACGGUUGAUCUCUGAGUGAUGACAGGCUCCUCGAAGAAGAACUAUGGACCUGCUCUUAAGAUAUUUUAUGCAGAACUCUUAACAGAUAAAGCAGGCAGAAGACAGGUUUACACAGACCAGAGCAGGGGGCUGAUUAUAUUCUAAACAGAGAUUAUUCCUGGAAUCAUCUGCUGGUGAGUCAAAUGGCAGAGGAAUAUGAACAGUCUGGUGCGUCAGAAUUCAUUAAAGACCGGCUGUAUUUUGCCUCUCUACGUGUCAAACCAAAGAAUACAGCCAGCACACACUACUUCAGCACAGACGAGGAGUUCACAUAUGAGAGUUUCUAUGCAGACUUCGGGCCAUUCAGCCUGGCCAUGCUGUACAGAUACUGCUGCAAACUCAACAAGAAGCUUAAGUCCUUCACCCUCUCCAGAAAGAAACUGGUCCAUUACACCAGCUUCGACCCAAAGAAGAGAGCCAAUGAUGCUGUUCUCAUCGGUGCCUACGCUGUAAUCUAUUUGAAGAGAAGCCCGGAGGACGCCUACAGGACUCUGAUCUCAGGAAACAACACAGCCUACCUGCCCUUUAGGGAUGCAGCAGUGGGAGAGUGCUCCUUCAACCUCACUGUCCUUGACUGCUUACAGGGGAUACAUAAGGCAUUGCAGCAUGGUUUCUUUGACUUUGACAGCUUCAGUGUUGAGGAAUAUGAACAUUAUGAGCGAGUGGAAAACGGUGAUAUGAACUGGAUCGUUCCAGGGAAGAUUCUGGCCUUCAGCAGCCCUCACCCUCGCAGUAAGAUAGAAAACGGUUAUCCUCUUCAUGCACCAGAGGCAUACUUUGUCUACUUUCACCAAAAUAACGUCAAAGCCGUGGUCCGUCUAAACAGGAAGUUGUAUGAAGGCAGGCGUUUUGAGGAUGCAGGAUUUGAGCACCAUGACCUCUUCUUCCUGGAUGGAACCACGCCCUCUGACCUCAUCUGCAGGCGAUUCCUGCAUGUGUGUGAAAGUACUGAAGGAGCGGUGGCUGUGCACUGUAAAGCUGGUCUCGGCCGUACUGGCACUCUGAUUGGCUGCUACCUGAUGAAGCACUUUCGGUUCACUGCAGCUGAGGCCAUUGCUUGGAUCAGAAUAUGCCGGCCCGGAUCCAUCAUCGGUCCCCAGCAGAACUUCUUAGAGGAGAAACAGCACAGUUUGUGGGUCCAGGGUGACGUCCACCGCUCCAAGCAGAAGCUGGUUCAGCAGAGACUGAGCCGGCGGCAGCAGCUUCAGCAGCAGAGUCAACAGCAGCAGCUUCACAGCCCCGACUCUGAGGGAGGGAGACAGCCAACCAUGUCCCGCCUUCUCUCUAGCAUGGAUGACCUCUCAAUUAACACCACCCUUUACAAAUCAUACAGCCUAGAUGAGAGUAACUACACGGAGGACAGUCUGACCCAGGGAGACAAACUGAGAGCACUAAAGGGAAAACGACCACCGCGAUCAGCUUCCUCCUCCUCAAGGUUAAAUCUGUCGAAGGCCUCUCACUGCUCCAUCCUGCCACCACCUAAGUCCCCUAAAGGCUCCCUCUCCUUCUCCUCUUCUAAGAAGCUGGUGCGCAGCUCCUCCUCCUCCACCACACAGCUAUGGAGUCCCUUUAGCCUCAACCUGUUCAGCACCAGGCCGGCCAUCAUUCACUGACUUCACAGCUUGGGUGAAUUCUGCUCACAAGUCGAGUCGACUGAUGAUGGUAAAGAAAACUGGAUGACCACCAUGUUGUCUGGGCCUUAAACAUCUAUCAUUUAACUUGAUGAUACUGUAACAAUUUCUGUGACAGAGUAACUGCACUGUUAAUGUAGAGUCAACUCAGAGUGAAGAAACACUCAGAGAGUGAAACACUGGUCACAACAUUGGUAUCAACCCCUAAUCUCAGUGUCUUCAGUGGAAUAUGAGCCAUCAUAUGUUAGAAGAUAAACACACAAAAUCUUUUGAAAAAGAAUGUAAUUUCACAUACUGUGUACAUCCCAGUGGCAUGAGUACCAAAACACUGAAUUCAACAAAGUUAGAAGGAGCCAUGAUAAAUGUAACACCAUGUUCAUAGGGUGUAUAGGACAGUGGAGAACUGGUCCAGAGUCACAUGACUCUCAACUUUAACUGCACUUUAAUACUAGAACCUUAAGGGAAGAGUGCACCAGGGUUACACGUAAAGUGUGUUUUCUGGUGUCACUGCAUAUGUGGAAUAAGAAGUAUAAAACCUUUUGUGGCUCCGGGGGAAGCUGCAUGUUAUCUGAUAAAUAUUCUCCAGUGAUGUCAAACAGGGGCUCAGCUACACUGUGGGUAAUGUAGUCACAGACAAAAUUGGUGAAGUUACCCUCUUAGAUCUUAGUUGAUAGUAAAUGUUAGCUCUGAAUGGAGCACUGAGUAUGACCACUUUGUAUACAUAUACAGUAGGUCAAAACAUAUUAAAUAUGUUUUAAAAAAUAAUACAAUAUUUGGGAGAUUUCAUUUACUUUUAGUUGCCAACAAUAGUGGAAGAAAAAAAAAAGUGAUUUUUGAGGGGAAGUUUCUUCUGUUUGAGUGUGAAGCUCUUAAAGCAUGUUUGACUUCUCUAAACAGCUGAAAAUGUGUUUUAUGUUUGUAUUUGAUGCAACAUCAUCUUGCUAUGCAAAUAUUAUCUACUUGUAAAAGUGUACUGUUACUACUAUGAAAGACCUUCAUCUGGUCCUGGAGCAGGUGUGGUGAUUGGGGAAUGUGUUGUCUGAUCACUGGUUGGUUCCAAAGGAAGAAAACAUAUCAUUGAGAUGUGAUAAAAUAGCUGCCUUUAGUGUUGCUGCAGAGAUUGUUAUUUUUAAAAUGACCAAUAAAAUCGUGUUAAUGAUGAUCAUGAA